UGAAACAGACCACGUGACCGCCCUCCGGCGAACAUGUUUCAAUAUAUAACCACGCCGGUGUAGUGUCACAUUCCGCUCCCUAUCACAGAAUGCUCCGGAAGUUACGACACCGGCAUCUGCUGACAGCUAAUCGCAGCUCUUGUCUUUUCUUUCGAAGACAAGCUCGCCGUCAACAAGAGGGUAACGAUUGGCUGAUUGUAUGCGUGUCGUUGAUUGGCUGCAAAUAGAACGUGUUCUGCCCUUACUUACAGCAGACUUCCGGUCCAUAUUCUAGCAUGUCCUUUCGGUCUUGGGGGUCACUGUGUGCCCAGUGACAGCUAUCCGGAUCGGUCCAUAGAUUUAGAAGUUGCCAUAAUCAAAGAUGGCGGCGGAAGUAGCACAGUAAGGGCAAAAGAGAGAAAGACCUGGACAAUGUGGGGCGAGCUGGCGCUGGUGUUACAGGGAGCGUCCCGCGUGGCGCAGGCUGUGGCAAAGAUGGGCUGUGAAGAACUGCGGAUGGCCGCUACAACAUCCACUCUGGGGGCCACAGUGAGAUCCGCGCAGGCUACCGCUGAGCGAUGUGUGGGGGCCGCGUUCACAAACAUGCAGGUCCGGCAGACAGAUUCCAGAGUGCGCCCAGAAUCCUCUGAUUUCAACGCGGAUACGUGGAAUGUGAUGUCAGAGAUUCCUCCAGAGGAAGAGCAGCCGCCCCCCAGGACUAACCCUGGUCAGUGGUCUCAGAAGACAGGCGCAGGCAUGUCAGGGAUGAACAUGGGACAAGCCAGAAGUUACAGCACCGUCAGAGGACUCACGGCUGAUGAACUGCAGAGAGCGCGAGGCGCCAAGACCAACAACGAAGCAGAGGAUCAUGGGAAGCCCAAGAGACAGAAGCUGAGCGAGAGGGCCCGAGAGAGGAAGGUUCCUGCAUCCCGUCUCAGCCGCAUGGCAAACUUUGGGGGUCUAGCUGUCAGCCUUGGAAUUGGUGCUCUGACUGAGGUAGCAAAACAGUCUUUGAAAGGGGAGAAGAAGACAGAAGCCGGCACCGCUGUUCUGGAGACAAAUUCAUUGAUGACUGAGGGGAAUGCAGAGAAAAUUGUGGACACUCUGUGUAAAGUGCGAGGAGCUGCGCUGAAGAUUGGUCAGAUGCUUAGUAUUCAAGAUAAUAGUUUCAUUAGUCCACAGCUGCAGAAGAUAUUUGAGAGGGUUAGACAGAGUGCAGAUUAUAUGCCAGCCUGGCAGAUGACGAAAGUCCUAGAUGAGGAACUGGGCCCUGACUGGAGAGACAAACUGGAAUACUUUGAGGAGCGACCCUUUGCAGCAGCCUCUAUUGGUCAGGUACACCUCGCAAGGCUGCUAGAUGGGCGUGAGGUGGCUAUGAAGAUUCAGUAUCCAGGAAUUGCUCAGAGCAUCAGGAGUGAUGUGGACAAUCUACUGUCGGUCCUCAAGAUGAGCCUCGUUCUGCCUGAUGGUUUGUUUCCUGAGAACAGUGUUCAGGUCCUGCAGAAAGAGCUGUCCUGGGAGUGUGACUACCUGCGGGAAGCUGAGUGCGGCAAAAAAUUCAGGGAGCUCCUCCAUGACGACCUCUUCUUCAAAGUUCCUGGGGCGAUAGAUGACCUUACUACUAAGAGGGUACUGACUGUUGAACUGGUGUCUGGGGUUCCACUGGAUCAAUGUGCCGAAAUGGACCAGGAAACUCGUAAUAAGAUUUCAUACAACAUCCUACGCCUUUGCCUGCAGGAAUUAUUUCAGUUCCACUUCAUGCAGACUGAUCCAAAUUGGUCAAACUUUUUAUAUGACGCCGAUAUCAACAAGGUUAUGCUGUUGGAUUUUGGAGCCAGUCGAGAAUUUGGGGAGAAAUUCACAGAUGAAUAUAUUGAGGUUGUGAAAGCAGCAGCAGAAGGGGAUCGAGCAAGAGUUCUCCAGAAAUCCAAAGACCUCAAAUUCCUCACUGGGUACGAAACAAAGGUAUUUGAAGAAGCACAUAUAGAUACUGUCAUGAUCCUAGGAGAGGCCUUUGCCUCUAAGGAGCCAUUCAAUUUUGGUACACAGAACACAACCAAAAGGAUCCACGACUUGAUUCCUGUGAUGCUGAAGCACCGACUUACCCCUCCACCCGAAGAAACGUACUCCUUGCACCGGAAAAUGGCAGGUUCAUUUCUGAUCUGUGCCAAACUUAAGGCCACCAUUUCGUGCAAGCAGCUCUUUGAGGAUGUCUACAGGGAGUAUUGGUCAAAACGUGGACGUGAGGGGAAGCAGACGACCUCUGAAUGAACCACUUCACCUUUUUUGUCACCUACUUGAACUGAAACUUGAAAUUCAAGCAGGAAUCCCUGAUUUUAAUAGGGGUCUUCUUUAAAUGGCAGUAUGUUUGGCAAGAGAUUAGAGGACUUGUCAAGCACAAAGUUAUGGUCAUUUGUGGUGAAACGCCGAUGUAUCACAGAGAUAACUGUCCUUUUUUGAAGUUUUCACUAUGGGUCCACCUUGUUAGUAAAAUUACUUUAAAAAAGCA